CAGGUACCUAAAAUGUUCACCUAGUUGCGGGCAUUAACCGUUCGAACCCAGACCACCCGAUAAACCCCUCGAUUGACAAAUCAACACCAAAACAAUAUGGCGCAAGAAUUCGGCACCGAAACCCAGCCGCAAUCGGCACAGCGCAUGUACAACACGCGCGCCCCCAACUACGAGGACUCAUGGCACCCCGACUACUCCCGGCGCUUCAUGGCCCUCGUGCCGCUGCGCCCGGGCGACCGCGUCCUGGACCUCUGCUGUGGCACAGGGCUGGAGGCGUUCAUCGCCGCCGAUGCGGUGGGCGAGGAGGGCGAGGUCGUCGGGGUCGACGUCUCGGCCGGGAUGCUGGCGCAGCUGCGCGAGAGGCAGGGGCGGGAGCCGCGCGUGGGCGGGCGGAUCAGGACGUUCCAGCACGACGUGACCGACCUCGGCGGGCUGGCCGCUGAGCUCGACAAGGGGAGGGGGUUUGAUGCCAUCCUGUGCUCGUGCGCGUUCGUCCUGUUCGAGGACCCGGCGGCGGUCGUGGCGCACUGGAGGGAGUACCUGAGGCCCGGCGGGCUGAUGGCCAUCGACAUCACGCACGAGUGCAAUCUCCGCCCGGGAUUGGUCCUGGAGCAGGCCGCGAGGAGGCUGGGCGCCACGUUCCCGUCGAACCGCCUGUGGAUCCAGUCGAUCGACUCGUUCAGGGAGAUACUGGAGGGGCAGGGGCUUGUGGUCGAGAAGGCUGUCCCGGUGGAAAGGCAGUCGGGCAAGGGGUCGGUGUUUUACGGGGUCGAGGAGGCGGAUUCUCAGUUUGACUAUUUCGUGAACAGCCCGCUGACACAGAAUUCCGUCUCCGAGUCGUUCAAGAUCGAGGCUAAGCCUCUCUUCCGGGAGGAAUGGGCAAAGAUCGCAGUGGAUGGCAAGGUUGAGAGCGUGGAUGUGUCCUACGUGUACGUUGCGCGGAGGCCUUGA